AUGAAUAAUAAAGUACAAUCAAAGGGUAGACAUAUGGAGUUUAGAAAUGUUGUAGGGUACUUUCUACAAGAUGAUCAGAAUACUGAUUCGGAAACCUUUAACUACACGGCGAUGAACUUUGGAUUGAAGGAUCGUGUGUAUGAUACCGAUGCAGAAUUUGACCCAGAGAGGCAGAAGACCCAAUGGGAAAGAUUUGAGAACCAUAUUGUGAAGCUCAACAAUCAAACUCCUGCGAAUGUUCAGUAUAAGGUUCUUUACUUGGGGCGUCAUGGGGAAGGCUAUCAUAAUAUAAAAGAGACUGAAGUGGGGAAGGAAGCAUGGGAUUGCUAUUGGUCUCAUUUGGAUGGAGAUGCAAACUCGACCUGGGCUGACUCUAACCUUGCCUCCACCGGUGUUGCCCAAGCUCUUGUCGCCAACAACUUUUGGCAAACUCUCAUCACCACUCAAAAGAUAUCUCCACCACAAUCUUACUACGUCUCACCUCUGACUCGUUGCCUCGAGACCUGUUCCCUCACAUUCAGCAACCUAACACUCCCUCCCUCCUCACCUCCAUUCAUACCCAUCAUCAAAGAACUCCUCCGUGAAGGAAUAUCCUCCCACACUUGCGACAGACGUCGCUCAAAAACCUACAUCCAUUCUCUCGCUCCCACCUGGCAAUUUGAAUCCAAAUUCCCGGAAGAAGAUCCACACUGGCGGGCCAAUUACUCCGAAACUCACGACGCAGAAAAUCAUCGAUUUAAAGCCCUCCUCGAUGAUAUAUUCACGAAUGAUAACAAUACCUUCAUCUCACUGAGUUCCCACUCCGGAGCUAUCAACACCAUCUUACGAGUAAUCGGUCAUCGAACCUUUUCCUUAAAGACAGGAGCUGUAAUUCCCGUCAUAAUCAAAGGACAAAGUGUAUUAGGAGCAGAUCCAAAUCCAAUCUACAAAGGUCCCGUCUACGCAAAAGAUCCAAAAAUAUGUUCAGCGCCUCCAUCUGCGUCCGAUACUCCAAAACCAGUAAAUGAUAUUGGUUUACAAAAACCCGCCGAGAUUAUUCCUCCUUCCUCACAGCCUCUAGCUUCAGAACCCGCCGACCAAAUCCCAUCUGCUGAACCAAAUCCCCCAACCGAUUCAAUCCCACUCACGGAACCUAUAGAUCCAGCACCCAUGGAAGCGAAUCCUCAUCCUACCGAACAAAAUCCUCCUCCAAUCGAAGCAGCUCCAUCUACAGAUAUAGCCGAAAAUCCAUCUACCGACUCAAUUCCAGCUCCAGCUCUACCAACAAACCAAGAUUCAAACGCACCACCAUCUGCCCGCUAA